CUAUUUGGAUUGGCUGGAAUCUGACACUGAAUUCCAGCCCCCCGGAACAGGAUCUGUUGUCAGUGCUGACGUUAUGGUGUUGAUGAUGAUGGCGGCGGUGGACCCGUCCCAGUUGGAUCUGAAUGAGAAAGGAACCAGGGAGAAGCUGUCUCUCUGGGACCGCGGGUCCGACGCCUUAGCUCCCCUGACAGAGAGGCAGACUGACUCCAUUUUGGAGAUCCAAGCCGCUGCAGAGAACCUUCCCAUUCCCACAGAGCUGCCCAUUGAAGAUCUGUGUAGCCUGACGUCCCGCUCCAUCUCUGUUCCUCUGACUGUGACAGUACCGGCCUCUACUGAGGAUAUCCUUCUCCAGGGCUUCAAGUCCCUGGGGAUGGAGGAUGAGCGCAUAGAAACUGCACAGCAGUUCUUUUCUUGGUUUUCCAAACUGCAGUCACAGAUGGAUCAGGAUGAAGGAGCUAAGUUCAGACAAACCAGGGAUUUCCUUGGUGGUUUUCAGGAGCAGUGUGACGUCAUACUGAAUGACGUGAACACCGCCCUCCAGCACCUGGAGUCCUUGCAGAAGCAGUAUCUCUUUGUGUCUAUGAAGACAGGGACGCUGCACGAAGCCUGUGAGCAGCUCUUAAAAGAACAGUCCGAGCUGGUUGACCUGGCAGAGAGCAUACAGCAGAAGCUUUCUUAUUUCAAUGAAUUAGAAAAUAUAAACACGAAAUUGAAUUCAUCCACGUUAUCUGUGAACAGUGAAGGAUUUGUCCCAAUGCUAGCUAAAUUGGAUGAUUGUAUAGAAUAUGUGUCCUCACAUCCCAAUUUUAAAGACUGUCCUGUUUAUUUAGCAAAGUUUAAACAAUGCCUUUCAAAAGCUAUGCAUCUCAUGAAAACGUAUACUGUGAACACACUACAAAACCUUACCAACCAGCUAACAAAAAGGGAUCCAUCAGGUUUGCCAAAUGCUGAUAAUGCCUUCACAUUGUUUUAUGUAAGGUUCAGAGCCUCUGCACCAAAAGUCAGAACGCUGAUUGAACAGAUAGAACAGAGAUCUGAGAAGAUACCAGAGUAUCAGCAACUAUUGAAUGAAAUCCACCAGUGCUACCUGGACCAGAGGGAGCAGUUGCUGAGCCCCAGCAUAACCUCGACAAUAACAGACCUGACCAGCCAGUACAACAGAGAUCACUGCGCUCUAGUCCGCAGUGGCUGUGCCUUCAUGGUCCACGUCUGUCAGGAUGAGCACCAGCUGUACAACGAGUUUUUCACCAAGCCAACAGCCAAGUUAGAUGAAUUGCUGGAGAAGUUGUGUCUGUCAUUGUAUGAUGUGCUCAGACCACUAAUCAUCCAUGCCAUCCACCUUGAGACUCUCUCUGAGCUCUGUGGGAUCCUGAAAAAUGAAAUGCUAGAAGACCAUGUCCAGAAUAAUUUGGAGCAGCUGGGCGCAUUUGCUACUUUGGUUCAGCAGAUGCUGGAGGACGUACAAGAACGGCUUGUCUAUAGAACACACAUGUACAUCCAGAGCGACAUCAUCGGAUACAACCCAGCACCAGGGGACCUGGCCUAUCCAGACAAGCUGGAAAUGAUGGAGAAAAUAGCACAGAGUUUAAAGGAAGAGCAGAAGAAAUUGCCGGCAUUAGAUUCCUCAUUUUCAGACAUUCAGUUAGAAGAUCCAGAUUCCAAGAGUGUCAUCAAAUCAGGUGCCUCAGAAGUACCAACAACGCGAUUGCAAACUACAAUUUCUCCAGCAGAUCUGCACGGCAUGUGGUAUCCCACAGUGAGGAGGACUCUGGUCUGCCUGUCCAAAUUGUACCGAUGUAUAGAUAGGACAGUGUUUCAAGGUUUAUCACAAGAGGCAUUGUCUGCGUGUAUCCAGUCAUCAUUGAAAGCUGCAGACGCCAUAAUGAAAAACAAGACCCAGAUCGAUGGCCAGCUGUUCCUCAUCAAACACUUGCUGAUCCUGCGAGAACAGAUCGCUCCCUUCCACGCCGACUUUGCCAUUAAGGAGAUUUCCCUGGACCUUAAGAAAACUAGAGAUGCAGCUUUUAAAAUACUGAAUCCCAAGACUGUGCCUCGAUUUUUCAGAUUGAACAGCCAUAAUGCCAUACUUGAAUUUUUGUUGGAGGGAACGCCAGAGAUAAAGGAACAUUACAUUGACUCGAAGAAGGAAGUGGAUCGCCACCUCAAGUCCAGCUGUGAGCACUUCAUCCAGCAGCAGACCAAGCUCUUUGUGGGGAAACUGGAGGAUUUACUGACCAAGGUGGCAGCUUUGAAGACCAUGGCAAGUCAAGGAGGGCCAAAGUAUAACCUCUCUCAGCAGCCAUGGGCCCAGCCAGCAAAGAUCAAUGAUAUCUUGGCCACGACAUAUAAAACAUUAAAAACGAAGCUUCCAGCAACCUUGCAGAGCAUGUCUUUGUACCUGGCCAACAAAGACACCGAGUUUAUCCUGUUCAAACCAGUCAGGAACAACAUCCAGCAGGUGUUCCAGAAGCUCCAUGCCAUGUUACAAGAAGAGUACAGUGUUGAAGAUCUCCAGAUCAUAGCCUGUCCUUCCGUGGAGCAGAUCAACUUGCUGUUGUCCGUGAAUAAAUAACCGGUGUGAAGUAAUGCAAGUCUGUAUCCAUGGAAGAAGCAGUAGCUUGCUGUGAGGGGUUACUUGCUAAGAAGCCGGGUUACAGAUCAUUGCCUUCCAGAUCACCUGCUGUUUUUGCAGAUUGUUCCAAAUGACUUGACCUGGAGACCUAGGAAAGCUUGCGUAGGUUCUGUCUCCAGAAAAAAAGUCAAUCUGUUCAUAACUGCUGCAAGCCUAAUUCAAGUCUCAUAGGGAUUACCUUGUGUUUCUUGGGAAUUUCUAGUACACUACCAAAGAUAAUUCUGUGCUGACAAAGUGGAACGUUGCCCUUGUGAUCAUUUCAAAGGCAUAGCCCUGUUUCUUGAUUUUCAUAAAGCGUUGUUCAUGACAGGUGAUAGAUCAGGGUUAACUGAACUGGCUAAGGUUAUGUUUUUAAUAUAGUAAUGACAUCCAGGCAGUAUCGCACCCUUAUUAUCACAGCCCUCCAUAUCUGUUAUUAUUCAGUGGAUAUUGCCUCAAGAUUAUUUUAUCUAAAGAUUAUAUUAUUGUAGAGCUAAUUUGCCCUUCAUGCUGUUAUGGUAAAUGAGAACCAAAUUAAGGGAUAAUGCCAGGGAAUCUAAUGAUUUUGUACUAAGAACUGGAAGCUCAAAUUCUGACUGAGCUGUUGAAAGGUGGCAAAGCUGGAACCCACAGAACAUGGCAUGUCACCUCGGUUCUGGUCUUGCAUAGGGUCACAUAGCUGUUAGAGGUGUCGUCUGUGAUCUGAACAGCCCCUUAUUGUGUACUGUGCUGUUCUUCCCUGUUGUCCUAGAACGUGCCCUAACCAGCCCUCCGUCUCUAGGAUUUACAGUGCAGUACUGUAUAUUAUACAUUUUAUUGUUGUCUAUCUUUAAGAGGUUUCUAGAUUUGCAGGUAAUUUAAAGAAUUUACAGUUGUAAUUCAAUUAUCCAAACAAGUCGAUUAACACUCCCUGGUCUCAGUUAGUUCUGAAAAUAGAGGUUUUACUGUAGGUGAGAUAAAAUAAAGUUGGGGUCCCACCUUCUUUACAUACAUUAAAGACCACUGACUGUCUUGACCGUAGCCUUCCAAGAAUCUUCACUUUCCUUCCCACCGCACUGAUUGUUUGAAAGGAGUUGCUAAAGGUUGUUUUUUUUAUGUCUAGAGAUUCAGUGAAUAUUGAAAAGGGACCAGUCUUUGCAGGACACGGCCUUGAAUCUAAAAAUGAAAACUGCUGUAUACUAUACAAAGGUUUGCUUUAGAUUGUGAUCAGUCUGUGUGCGGCUGUCGUGUCCCAUACUUACAUGUUCAGAAUCAGUUGAGGUGGGGUAAUCUUUUGAUUGCCCUAAAUAUUUGCAUAUCCAUUCAAAAAGGGUCUUGGCACCUUUUAUUUAGCAGAGUGUCAUCUUGCUCAAUGUUUUUAAAGCAGCUCUUCAAAGCUGAUUUAAUCCACUGUAGUUGUGAAGGAUGCUAAUUUAUAUUUCCAAAUGUGAAAAUUAUUGUUUGUGAAACUAGUUAAAUACAAUUAUGUUGAGUAGUUUAACAGCUCUCGAUGUGUAUUGCUUAUUAAAAUUCUGUCAUCCUCCUGAUGCUGCUGAGAAAGUUAAACUGUAUUACCUUGACUUUCAAUAGCUUUUCUCAUAAAGAAUCAGUUCCUUCCAUUCAUUUACUUAAAUAUCGACACUUAAGUCUCAAAGCCUUCCCAAAUAAACCAUUCGCUACCAAAACCUGGUUUAAUCUUUAUUCGUUUUAUAUUUUCAGAUUUAGUUUUGUUUAGAAUUGGUGACUUCUGUUUUGUUUCUACCUGUGGUGGGUGAGACAACCUCUAAUGGUUGUAAGUGUUUACAGGGGUCCUGAUGUAAAAAACAAUACAUGAGGUGACUGUUUUAAAACCAUAACAGGAGUUUUUCCUUCCCUCCAUUGUGAAAUGUAACCUACCUACGAACCCUGUUUUGAAAAGAUCUUGCACUCUGCAGCUUUUGCUUUGUGUGUGAAGUAAGUGGCAUUUUAUUUUGUGUGCUGAUCUUAAAAGCAAAGCCACUAAAUUACUUCUGGCAAAGUGAAUCCUUUCAGCACAGUAAAAUUAGCUCCUCUUUUUUUUAGUUGGUGUAUAUGCUUUACUUAAUUUUGUGUUUCUUUUUGUUAUUAAAACCUACUUUAGGGCUUGGGUUCUUAGCUACUACUAACAAGCGGUAUGGUUUCUUUUGGGAUGUAAUGAGGCUUGUGGAAUCUGAUUGUUUGCUACUCUACAACCUGUUUCUUCCAACUUUUAUUUGUGGGAUAUCUUUUUUUAAGCUAUUUUAUUCAGUUUUUGUUAUGGUGUGUGUUUUUGUAGAACAAAAAAGAAAAAUAUGUUAAAUCUACAAAUAUAACUGACUGGAGCCUUAAAAUAGGUCACAUACAUAUUUCCAAGUCUAUUCAUGGCAAAAAUAUUAUUUUAUGUUGUUUUAAAGCCACCAAAAGAUGACUGCCUGUUAUGUACAAAGUUAAUAACCUACUACUGAAAAAGCCGUUGACUAGCAAGUGCCAGCCAGUUCUAUAUAAGCACAAGCCCCACAUGCAGUUUAUAUAAAAAUACAAUCUUUGUAUUCUUGUGAAAUAGCUGUAUAUUUUAUUAAAGGUGUUUUAAAACUAUAAUAUUUCUAAGAGGACAAAUGUCUGCACAAAACAACUAUUCUAUAGAUUGAGUGCAUCACAUUUAUAAUAUUUGAAGGGUUGGCUUCUCUGUUUAAUAAUUCAAUUGAUUGUCAGAACCUUGAUAAAGAUUCGAUAGGGAUGUUUUCCCUUGUUUAAUCAUUACAUAUAAUGUAAUGGAUGAAAUAAAGGUGUAUCAACUUUUAGAUAUGCAUGAUUUGUUAUUUAUCAUUUACUUAAACAACUGAUGUAAAAAAAAAAUGUACAUAACACCUACUGCUACAAAGUUUAACUGUAUAAAUAAACCCCUUUUUUGCAAUAUG